GCUGCUGCCGCCGCUCCGCGCUGCCAUCGGACACGCUCCCGGCGCUCCCGCAGCAGCGCUGCUCCGCCGGGAGAGCUCCAGCCUGGGCUCGGGAUUACGGCGGGGCGCUCGGCACGGACAGCGGGACAGCCCCGCACGGCUUCCCCCGGCAGCGCUGCGAGUUUGAGUUCAUUCAGCUACGACAUAAAAUUGACUGCACCAGAUAUAAAAAUGACAAAAAUCUGGAUCACAUUUUUGCUGCUCUUCUUAUCAGUUACUAUGUUCUUUGCCACUGCUACUCCAGCUGAGGGACAUCAGAACACCACAAUGGAGUUUGCCCAGCUGAGUGUCACACGGAAUAAAAUCAUGACAGCACAGUAUGAAUGCUACCAGCAGAUUAUGCAAGACCCUAUUCACAAGAAAGAAGGUCCUUACUGCAACAGGACCUGGGAUGGCUGGUUGUGCUGGAGUGAUGUUGCUGCUGGGACUGUGUCAGUGCAGCGUUGUCCUGACUACUUUCAGGAUUUCAACCCAUCAGAAAAAGUUACAAAGAUCUGUGAUCCAAAUGGGAAUUGGUUUAGACACCCAGAAAGCAACAGGACAUGGACAAACUACACCCUGUGCACUAUCUAUACCCAUGAAAAAGUGAAGACUGCUCUGAACUUGUAUUACUUGGCCAUCAUCGGACACGGUCUUUCAAUUGUAUCCCUUCUGAUUUCUCUUGGCAUAUUCUUUUAUUUUAAGAGCUUGAGUUGCCAAAGGAUUACCCUGCAUAAAAAUCUGUUUUUCUCUUUUGUUUGCAACUCUGUUGUAACAAUAAUUUCACUGACAGCCGUUGCCAACAACCAGGAAUUAGUUGCAACUAACCCAGUUAGUUGCAAAGUGUCACAGUUCAUCUACCUAUACCUGAUGGGUUGCAACUACUUUUGGAUGCUGUGUGAAGGCAUUUACCUGCACACUCUGAUUGUGGUGGCUGUUUUUGCUGAGAAGCAGCACUUGAUGUGGUAUUACCUUCUUGGCUGGGGUUUUCCACUGAUCCCUGCCUGCAUACAUGCCGUUGCAAGAAGUUUAUAUUAUAAUGACAAUUGUUGGAUCAGCUCUGAUACUCAUCUGCUUUACAUCAUCCAUGGCCCUAUUUGUGCUGCUCUCUUGGUGAACCUCUUCUUCCUGCUGAACAUCGUCCGUGUUCUCAUAACCAAGCUGAAAGACACGCACAAGGCUGAGUCCAACCUGUACAUGAAAGCAGUGAGAGCCACCCUGAUUCUGGUCCCUCUCCUUGGCAUCGAGUUUGUGCUGUUCCCAUGGCGACCCGAGGGCAGGAUCGCUGAGGAGGUGUACGACUACGUGAUGCAUAUCCUCAUGCACUACCAGGGUCUACUGGUGGCUACAAUUUUCUGCUUCUUUAAUGGCGAGGUGCAGGCCGUGCUGAGGAGGCACUGGAACCAGUACAAGAUCCAGUUUGAGCACAGCUUCAGCCACUCGGACGCCAUGCGCACGGCCUCCUACACCGUGUCCACCAUCAGCGACGUGCAGGGCUAUGGCUACGGCCACGAGUGCGCCAGCGAGCACCUCAACGGCAAGGGCUACCACGACAUGGACAGCGUGGCGCUCAAGGCUGACAAGCUCUAUGGCUGAGGGCUGCUCGGCUGCCCCAGUGACUUCAUGGCCAGAACGCCUCACCUGCCUUGGGGUAUGUGUAUUCUCCUGAGAGAUGCAAACUCAACCAACACCUUUCCCAUACGUAUGUGUCUGUGUAUAUGUAUAUAUAUAUAUAUAUAUAUGUGUAUGCAGACAUGCGUAGAUAUGUAUGUUUGUGUUUCUGUGUAUCUAUACAGUAUGGACAUCUGUACAUAUAUAUCUAUAUAUGUAUGUGCAUUUAUAUAAGGAUACAAACUUUGCCUCUUCAGUUUCUACUGUGUAGACAAAGUUGGCAAAUUUUUGUACAAAGGGAAUCAAUGAAGGAUUUCUUAUUUGUUUGGAAGUUUGUAUAAGACUGUGCUGUGUUGAAGCCACUUCAUUUGCCUAUAGAAUCUUAGAGUGUAAAUACCAUACUUUGUUGUCUUAAUUCAACCUAAAAUAGAACAAAGCUAAAUGGUUUAAGUAGGUGCAAUAACAACAUGAAGUUUUCCAGGUUCUUUUUUUUUGGUCCAGCAUUUGUUUGGAUGUCAAAAAAGCCCGACAGGUAGUUUGAGGUAACAGAUUCAAAGAUAGAUACUGCUGUUUUGGUCAAAGAGAUUGAUGUUUUGAUUUGUUCUCUUCCCACUGUUUUACACCAAGCACAGAGACACCACUUCCAGUGUUAGCCUUGAUAUACUUCUGUACUGCAAUGUAAUAUCUUGCACCAGGAUUGGAGCAAUUUUAUUUAAGCUGUUUCAGGAUAUUCAGAAGUCUCUCAUUCUCCUGAAUUGUAUGGAAGUUUCUUCUGGGUUUAACAAAGACAAGACUGAUGAGGCCUCACUGCCAGAGAGCAAAGGGGUAACCUGAGUCACUUUAAGUCUCUCCAGACACUGAUAGUAACUGCAGCUGGUGGAACUUCACUCUGUGCUUAAGGAAUUUACUCAACUGGAGAAGAUCAUGUACCAAAUAUGUUUCAGCAUUGUAUUACAUACAUUUAUGUAUUUCCCUGGCCACAUGCUUGAUAACUUAUUCCUUCAUUCUUGGGCAAAGUUUUGAUUAAUUUUGUGGCUGUUUUUGUUAUCUGAGAUGAGCAUGCAAGACUGAACACAGUGCACAUGAUAUACUACCUUUAAAGCCAGUAUGUGAGACUCAGACUCAUCAAGCAAACUAAUGUUAGUAAUUCUUAUUAUUUGGAAAAUCCAGUCUAAAGUUUGUAUUAUAAAGGUUCAAAACUUUAUGGAUUGAGAAUUUCAAUAUUAUUUUCGAUUGGUUGAUUCUGAAUCUCUGUCUCAGUUAAUUAGCUAAGAACAGUACUUUAUAUGUUGUUUCUUUGGUUCUGCUGGUGCAUAAAGUUCUCACUGAAAACUAGGAGGUUGUCAGGAAGGUCUUGAGAAAAUGUGUCUUUAUAGAAAUUUAUAUUUUUGUUAAAUCUUUAUGCUUUAAAGAAAUAGCAGUUUUGUUAAGUGAAGUGACAAAAAUGCUUAAGAAUGAGGGCAUGAAACAAGGUGAGUUCACUGAAAAUUAAAAAGAUAUAAGAAACAAUUUUAUACAUUUCAUUUGCAGCUAAAUCUACUUGCAGUGGGGAAAAAACAAAGUUAGGCAGAAGAAGAAAUAGAUGCUGGAACUGUGACAGACUGUUUUGCUCAUGAGCAUAUUUCUGGUGCAUGUAGUCCAGUCAAAAAAAUUGGAAGACAGUUUAUUCUGAGACCAGUUUGAAAUUUGCAUAUGAAAUUAUUGUAUACAAAGCAUCUUGACUUUGGCAUUUAAAUAUUUUUGUCAGUAGCUUUUCUCUAUGCUUCAUUAGUGGCUA